CGCUCCUGGAGCUUGUCUUCUCCGCAGCAAUCAACUGCUGCUGCUACUAGUAGCAGCUCUCCGCUCCUGGACGCGAGAUGCAAACCAGUGAAACCACAGGUGAAGAGAAGCGCGAGGGAUCGAUCAGGUCGGUGACCACCACCAACGAGUGUGCUGUUCUUUCCCGGCCGGCCGGGCGAGCUAGCUAGCUAGCUAUCUGCAGGCCUGCAGCUGCUGGUUGCCGUCGCAUGCCAUGGGGGUGCCUUCGUUCUACAAGUGGCUUGUGGGGAAGUACCCCAGCAUCAUCGUCCCGGCAAAGAAGGAUGACGCCGGCGGGGUGGGGGAGAGCCCUAAUCCUAAUGGCGUCUUCGACAACCUCUACCUGGACAUGAACGGCAUCAUCCACCCUUGCUUCCAUCCGGAGGACCAGGUGUGCCCGCCGACCACGUUCGACGAGGUGUUCGAGGCCAUGUUCGAGUACAUGGAUCGCCUCUUCCGCAUCGUCAGGCCAACCAAGCUGCUCUACUUGGCAGUCGAUGGUGUUGCUCCCCGCGCCAAAAUGAACCAGCAGAGGUCCAGGCGCUUCAAGGCAGCCAAGGACGCCAAAGACGCGGAAAUGGAAGAAAACAUUCUGCGCGAAAGAUUCAAAGCCGAAGGCAAGGAGGUGCUACCACGUGAGACAUACGAGGUUUCAGAUCCCAAUGUCAUUACGCCAGGGACUGAGUUCAUGGAGAAGCUCUCGAAAGCGCUCGAGUACUACAUACGUGCCCGGUUGAAUAGUGAUCCCGGGUGGAAAGACAUUAAGGUGAUACUAUCUGAUUCAAACGUUCCUGGGGAAGGUGAGCACAAAAUCAUGUCAUUCAUCCGUGCACAACGCAGCAGGGAGAAUUAUGAUCCAAACACGCGCCACUGUUUGUAUGGAUUGGAUGCGGAUCUAAUAAUGCUCGCUUUGGCAUCUCAUGAACUACACUUUUCAAUUUUGCGGGAGGAUGUGAUACAUGAAAUUCAGCCAGAAAAUUGUAUCGCUUUAGCUAGAGAAUUCUUCAAAACUGAAGAGUCAUCAAGAAAGUGUGGAGGCUGGUUCCUGCGGGCAACCGAAGCAAGUCCUAAGGGCAAGAUUCCCAAGAAACAAUAUCAGUUCUUGAACAUAUGGGUUCUGAGGGAGUACUUGGAGCUUGAUUUGAUGAUAUUGAACCCUAUAGUCAAAACGGAUAUCGAGAGGCUCAUAGAUGACUUCAUAUUUAUUUGUUUCUUGAUUGGAAAUGAUUUCAUUUCUCACAUUCCUUCGCUUGAGAUUCAUGAGAACGCAGUUGAUCUGCUCAUUGAAGUGUACAAAACAACUUUCAACAAAAUGGGGGGCUAUAUUGUGAACACAGAAAAGGUGAAAGACAAACAUGCUGCAUAUCUAAAAGUCUCAAGGUUAGAAAAGUUUAUUCAUGAACUGUCCAUGUGUGAAGAGAAAAUCUUUGUCAAAAGAUAUGAGCUGCGAGAGCGGUUACAGCGCAAUAUACUGAGUCAAGCUGCACAAAAAGAAUGGAAUGAAAGAAACUUUGACAAUGUGGAAGAAUAUCCUGAUGGUCCAGACUUGACAGUCAAGUCUUUUUCAACACAAUGCAGUAUUUCCACCGUCAGCUCCGACAAGUCAGAUAUCACUGCAAAUACCUUAGAGCUGAGGCGUAACUUAAAGGAUACUCUUCGUAACAAGCAAGACCUUGUAAAAAGUGGAGCCUGUAAACAUGACUGGAUAAAACUGGGAUUAGCAGGGUGGAAAUCUCGGUUCUACAGGGAAAAGUUUGGUGUCGCGAGCUGUAACGAAGUUGGGAAGCUGAAGAAGGACAUGGUUCAAAAGUAUCUGGAAGGACUUUGUUGGGUGCUGCAAUACUAUUUUGCAGACGUGCCAUCAUGGAGCUGGUACUACCCCUUCUAUUAUGCUCCUUUCGCAUCUGAUCUCAAAGGACUAUCUCAGUUCAAGAUAUCUUUCACUAUGGACAAGCCACUGAGACCAUUCGAUCAGCUCAUGGCAGUUCUGCCACCAGAAAGCUCAUGUGCACUACCAAAAUGUUAUAGAGAACUGAUGGACAGUGAAGAGUCUCCGAUACAAAAAUUCUAUCCGUCAGAUCUCCAGAUUGAUACACAUGGGAAACGUUUCUUGUGGCAAGGUAUUACAAAGUUGCCAUUCAUUGAUGAAAAGCUGCUGCUUUCGGCCACAAAGACGGUGGAGAACGAUCUUGCGGUGCAUGAGAUGAUAAGAAAUACGGUUCGGCAAGAGAAGAUCUUCCUGAGGAAUUCAAAUACUCUGGCAAACAAUGCAGCAUUUGUGCGAACAUCUGACUCUUCAUCGGAAAAGCUUCUAAUUGAUCCAUCUACCAGUGAACUUGGAGGAUGGUUGUUGCCUGCUGAUGACGAUGGUACAGGCAGCGGCUUCUUCUGUUCGCCCAUAAAAGAUCUAGAGGACAUUAGAAAUGAUCAGACACUAUCAUUCAUGUUCUUCAACCCUGAGCUGGUGAAGCCCAUUCCAAGACUACUUGAUCAUGUCAAAAUACCUGAAAAGACUUUAACUGAAGCUGCCAUUUCGAAGAGGCCACUGUGGCACACCUACCCGGGUUCCCGACCACCUGCAACCAUCGCCUCCGCCGUGGAGGCACAGCCGAGGAUCAGCAGCUUCGGACGCGGGAGAGGGAGUCCCUUCGCCGCCGAGACAUCGCAGUGGAGCAGCAGCGGCCGCAGCAACGGGAGAGGUGUCCAUGGGCCCUCCAUGGCGCAAAGCAGAGGCAGCAGGUUUGACAGCGGUGGCGCGUACGGUUUCCGACCGGCAGGAGGCGCUUGGGCAGGAAGAGGCAGCGCGCACGAGCAGCGCAGAGGCGCGUUUCAGAGGCAGCCGGUUAGGCCGUGGGCGAGGGGCGAUAAUUGUGGUGGGAACGGAGGCGGACGCGGAGGGAGCGGGCAGCCCCGUGCUUGGUAGAACUUCUUCAGGGAUGGCGCGCGCUGAUGCGAUGAACUAGUGCAGUUUUUGGUCUCACCUCACCAUAUUUUGUCUGAAACAUCGAUGAUGCUACGCUGAUCAAGAACUGUGUCGUCUGU